AUGGCCUGCACGACUCAUGACGUGGUAAUUGUGGGAGCCGGUCCAGUUGGACUCUUCCUCGCUUGUGAACUACGCCUUGCCGGUCUCUCCGUUCUGGUGGUUGAGAAACGAAAAAGUUCUGACGGCAUGGCAGAGACACGUGCAUUUGUCAUGCAUGGUCGAUCUUUGGAAAUACUCGCUUCUCGUGGUCUGCUUAACUCUUUCCUUGAAGCAGGGCAAAAAACCAACUGGUGGCAUUACGGCGUUCUCGACACUCGACUUGAUUACAGCGUCUUUGGCCGUGAAACAAACGAGAACUAUGUGCUACUUGUUCCUCAGUACAAGACCGAGAUGGUCUUAUUCCAGCGCGCCGUGGAGCUGGGUGUACAGAUACUCAAAGGUGUCCAUGUGGAUUCAGUAGGCGACUUGGGGCCUUCUGUCGUUGUGAAGGGCGCCUACUCUGAUAACCGGCUAUUCACUGCCACCGGGAAGUACCUCGUCGGUGCGGACGGCGUUCGCAGCACGAUUCGCAGACUCGCCAAGAUUGAGUUCACUGGCAAUCCACCUGUUAAUACUGUCAUGAGUGGAGAGGCUACACUGGGCGCGGCUAUGCCGAACCCUUACAUUGUUCACAAUGAGCACGGGUUGGUUAUCGCUGCUGAUCUGAAAGUCCCCAGCGGAAGGACCAGGCUCAAUGUGUUUGCGAGUGAUCGUGGCACGCUUCCUGAAUCAGUUGAAGUGACUCUGGAGGAGAUGAAUCAUAGCCUCCAGAAAAUUACCGGUGUUGACUACGAUCUGUCAAACCCCUGUAUGCUAAAGCGCUUCAGUAACGAACAACGGCUGGCGACAAGGUAUCGCCAAGGCCGCAUUUUUCUUGUCGGAGAUGCAUGCCAUAAACACCUUCCAGCCGGCGGUCAGGGUUUGAAUGUCGGCCUCCAAGAAGCUCUGAACUUAGGAUGGAAGCUGGCGGCCGUCAUCUCCCAGUCUGCCCCCGCUUCAUUGCUCGAUACGUACGAAGAAGAACGAUGGCCGAUUGCCAAGGCCGUUGUUGAAAACACAACAUCACAGUCCCUCUUAUUCUUUGCCUCUUCUGGUCCCGAAUGGGCGGUCAGGGCAGCGGUCGACAGGCUUCUGUGUGUACCAGAGGCCAAUAUGAGUCUGGCUAGGGAAAUUAGCGGAUUUUCUGUCGCCUACCCCAAGUCGCUCGGCAUGAUACUCCCAGAUGGAUGGCAAGCCCUACCCGAGAGCAUCCAGGGAAGGCGUGCUUUGAAUGUAAAGAUGACAUUACCGGAGGGGGUGGUCACUGAACUUCGUGAGUACACCCAAGAUGGGCAUUGGAUCCAGUUGCACCUCCCUGGGAAGCAUACCAUUGAACUCCGGCCUCCUCCGGCAUUUGGUAGCUGGACUACGGUGGUGGAAGCUGUCGACAUGCCGGAUGAAGAAGCGAGGACGAGCCUGUAUAUGUGUGGAGUUAAAGAGAUGCUGAUCCGCCCGGAUGGCUACUUGGCCUUUGGUCGAUUAGACGAAUAGGGUUGGAUGCAGGAAAGGAGGGG